CCUCACUGUUCGAAUGAGAAAACAAUGCUUGCUUUAUUUAAUUGGAUUAUUGUUUUAAUAGUCAUUCUUAUUUAUGUUUUGGGCGAGUACAUAUCACUAGUAAAUGGGUUUAACAUCGAUUUAAAAUCUCCACUCCUCAAAACUGGACCAGAUGGUUCUAGUUUUGGUUUUUCCUUAUUGGGAUAUACUCACUUUUCAGGACAGAAAGGGGUGGUCAUAGGAUCUCCAACAGAGGGAAACAACGGUGGACUGUUUUGGUGUCCACUUUUGAGGAGCACGUGUAGUCGAAUCGAUAUUGAUCUGGAAAAAGAGACUCAUAUGCAACCUGGACUAAAUGGAGCACUUUUAGGAUAUUCAAUGUCUUCAGCUUUUAACAACAGCCGGGGACCGAUUACUGUUUGUGCACCUCGUCUUUCAUGGUCAUCAGCAGCAUCUGUUUAUUUACCUGGUGGUUGCUUUGAAUUUAAUGAACGUUUAGAAGAGCCUCAAUUAAAUCCUGCACCAAGUGCAAUUUGUUUAAAUGUUAAAGAUUCUGAUAAAUCAAUUGAUCUGAGAUAUUGUACAUUUGGUGCAUCAGUUAAUCAACAUCCUAAUAGGCCAAAACAAUUAUUUAUGGGUGGUCCACAUUUUUAUUUUGAGAAAGGCGUUGGGGCUUCAGUGAAUACAAACACCUUUGAGCGAGUAAUAACCUCAGUUGAAAAUAUUCCUUCAAAUACACUUCUGGGUUCAUCUCUUGACACUACCGAUCGAUUGUAUGCACCAUUACCGGGAUUAAAAUCACAUGAAUUGUAUGUGGCUUAUGGUGGUCCAGGUGUACCAAGUAGUGCUGUAAAUGGUUUCACUGAUAAAACGAAAUUUGGCACUGGAAUCGUAUUAAUAUUUCAAAGUAAUAAACAAAAUGGUAGAAAUAAUAUCAAACCAUUAAUGAGAAUAGAAGGACAAAGUUUUGGCAGUCGAUUUGGUCAUUCACUUAUAUUUCUCGAUAUUAAUGGAGAUGGUUGGGAUGAUCUAAUUGUCGGUGCACCCUAUCAAUAUUCCAAUACGACUGUCGGUGGACAUAGAAGACACGGAGCAGUGUUUAUAUUUUUAAAUAGACAGUCAUAUUUCUAUACACCAGUGGAUGAAGUCAGUGGCGUGGAGUUGUUUAGUUACAAUUAUCCUGAAACUUUUCAAAUAAUUACACCUCCAUCUCAUAAUUGUGGUAAUUCACAUAUUCCUGGAUUUGGAGCGACAAUUACAAAACUUGGUGAUAUUAAUCACGAUGGUUUUCAAGACUUUGCUGUCGGUGCUCCUUAUGAAGACAACGGUGGUGCAGUUUACAUAUAUCAUGGAAGUAAAUCUGGAAAACUACAAAAACCAACACAAAUAAUCUGUGCAAAUGAUUUGCAAAGUCCAAGACCAUUAGAAGGAUUCGGAUUUUCACUUGGAUUGAAUGGUGCCGACUUAGAUGAAAAUGGUUAUCCGGAUAUGGCGAUUGGAGCAGCUUUGUCUAGCUCUGUUGCAGUGUUACGAGCUAGACCUGUAGUCAAGCUAAGAGCAUAUUUAACAUUAAUAGAUGGUAGUACUACUCUGCCUAGUUCAUUAAAUUCAUUAGUGGAUUGUACUCAUGAAGCUCAAUCAAUUACUGGAUAUAAAGCUCCGUCGGCUAAAUGUAUUGAUAUGAAAUUAAUUCUCACAUACACCAGUGUUGAUGGCAUAUCUUGUAGUCCACAUAAAACGUAUCCAGUAUCAAUUUUAUUGAAAUACAAUCCAACCAAUGAAUGGAUUUCAGAAGGUUGGGAUCAAAAUUCACAAAAUCAUCCACCAAAUUACGAAAGUAAAUGCACCUAUAAUCAAUAUUCAACUAUAAUUUCCAAAAAUAUUAUGAAAGAAUUUUAUAAAAAUUAUACUUUAUCACCAAUUGUCUUUAUACGAGAGAAAAGUUUAUCAAAUAGUGAAAUGAUUGUUAAAGAUUAUUUUAAACGUAAUGAAUCUGCUUAUCUGACGGGUUAUGAUAGUCCUGGUGGAUAUUUACAAUUAGAAGGUAAUGCUUUUUGUCGUGAUCUACACAAAAUAAAAGAGAAUAUACCAUUCAAUCAAGAUGAAUUGAAUUUAGCUAGUACAUUACGAAUAAUAUUUCGAGAUACAUAUUUGAUUGAUCAAACUGAUCGUUUAAAAAUUGGUGUCAAAUGGAUUGCUAAAAUGACUGAACCAUAUCCAUUAGCUGAUCAAAUUGACGAGUAUCCUGUAGCUGAUCCACGUGCAAAUACUGAACUACUUCAGAUAUCUUUUGAUAAUCCCUGUGCAGUUCGACAAUGUUGCCCAACCGUAAGAGUUAGUUAUAAUGUGAAAGUAACCAGAGAUAAAAAUGGACCUGUUGUUUAUGUGGGUGAUGAUAAUAAUCAAACAAUUGAAUUAUCCGUUCGUGUAACAAAUAUUGGCAAUGAUUUAGUUUAUGCUACUGGAUUAGUCAGUAAUUUUCUACCAAAUUUAUUGGAACUUGAUUCAACUCUUAAAGAAGCCAGUUUAAUUCAACCGGAUACAGCAAUCUGUCAUCUUCAAUAUCCAUUGGCUUCUGGUGAAUCAAGUGAAUGUAUGAUACGAUGGCUUGUAAUCGGACAUCAGUUAACUGUACAAAUGGCUAAAUUUCAUGUAAAUAGUACUGUAUUAAUAAGUUCUAAUAAUCCCAUACAAGUUGAAGGACAAUUAACUAAUGAAUUACAAGUAAAUAUUAAAAUGAUUGUCAAUGUUUCAGUAUUUGGAACAACUGAACCGAAUACAAUUUACUUUAGCGGAAAUGUUAGUGACGGGAUUAGUUCAAUGUCAGCAGAAAAUCAAAUUGGUGAUGUUAGAAUUGUUGGAAAAUUUACUGUACGAAAUUUACGUAAACAUAGUUUAAUACCAGCAUCACGUCUGAUCAUCGAUUGGCCUUUUGAAUUCGCUGGGCUCAUCAAUGAACCACAUGGAAAAUAUCUUCUCUACUUGCUUGAAAACCCUUAUGUAAUUCAACAUGCGCUUCCAAUUCCUGGUCAAACAGUAGAAAAUGAAACUAGUGUUGUUUGUGAUUCUAAGGCAUUACAGAAAGUUGUUAAUCCACAUAAUUUCCGAAUAUUUUCUAGAUUAAGAAAAUCAAAUGAUGGUGUACCAGUACGAACUGCGUCAAUUAAUAUCCCUUCAGACAACCCUUCUCCUUAUCCCCCAUUAUCAGACAAAAUGAUCUUGGAGCCAGUUCCUGAUCGUUUAGCAGAUUCAAAGAAAUUAGUUGAUCGAAAAAUGACUACAAUCAGUUGUUACAAUGGACGUAUACGAUGUGUACCAAUUAUUUGUGAUUUAGGCAAGUUAUCCUAUAAAGCUGGACCAAUUACACUUGAAUUUAUCGCUAGACUCUGGGAAAAUACAAUGCGAGAAGACUUUUUAAAAGUAUUUUUAACUAAACUCCAUCUGACUGCAACAUGGAAAGCUGAUGUUAAAUAUGGCAUUGACCUUGGUGGUUCUGAUUAUGCACAAGAUACAUGUUUUAAAGAAUUUAGUUACUAUAAGCUGACAAGUUGUAUAUCCGGUAUUAUAAACCAUGAAAUGAUUGAAGUUCAUAUAUUUAAUAACUUAGAGCAGAAACCAAUCCCUCCAAAAUAUAUGGCAUUAUACAUAGGAUUAGCUGUAUUUGGAGGUUUACUAUUGUUAUCUAUUCUAGUUAUUAUACUUUAUAAAGCCGGUUUCUUUAAACGUAAACGUUUCAUGCGAAGACGAACAAAAGUACCGCCUACAGAACCAACCCAAAGACUUGGUCAAUACACUUCAACCGAACCAAAGCAAAGACAGCCGUUGACUUCACCAAUUCAAACAACCUAUCAUGACAAUAGAAAAGUCACUUCAAGACGAACAAAUUAUCAUCCAGUGCCUAACACACAGGAACCAGCCUAUCGUAGGACACCUUAUUCACCUUCAUCUGACUUUCCUAUUCCACAUAAAUAGUAGAUACUACAUACACUGAUUAUUAUAGAUAUAGAUUUUUUUAUUUUCUAACUUAACAAUUGUCCUUUACGGGUAAUUCAGAAGACUAUCAAUAAUCACAACGAUAUAUAUAUAUUUCUCGACUGCUGCUCCGAAAAUAUACACCACAACUACAAAAUGUCCAAAUCCUAUCAUUUUACUCAGAAUACUUUUCUAUUUGCUGACAAUGUUUUCUAUUACCAAUCUUUUUGUUACUCAAUAUGCCAAUUAUCAAAUCAACGAAAUAAUUGCCAACUUUUUAUGAGAUGCUUUCUAUAUUACCUAUAUAUAUAUAUAUAUAUAUAU